CGGCUUCGUGCGCCCCCGCCGUCCUUCGCGACCGCAAGAUGAACAACUUUACCGAGGAUCUCACCGGCCUCUCCCGCGCCGACCUCGUGUACAAGGCCAAGCUCGCCGAGCAGGCCGAGAGGUACGACGAGAUGAUGGAGUACAUGAGCAAGGUUGCCGAGAGCGGCUCCGGCGGCGCGGACGCCGAGCUCUCCGUCGAGGAGCGCAACCUCCUCUCCGUCGCUUACAAGAACGUCAUCGGCGCUCGCCGCGCGUCGUGGCGCAUCAUCUCCUCCAUCGAGACGAAGGAGGAGUCCAAGUACACGAAGGAGUCCGACGUGGUUCGAUUGAUCCAGAAGUACAAGAGCAACGUGGAGAAGGAGCUCAGCGACAUCUGCGACCGCAUCCUGAAACUGCUGAGGGACCACCUGGAGGAGACGUCCAGCGCGGGCGAGUCGAAGGUCUUUUACAAGAAGAUGAAGGGCGACUACUACCGUUACCUCGCGGAGUUUAAGGGUGGGGAGGCGAGGAAGAACGCGGCGGAGGAGACGCUUCUGGCGUACAAGGAGGCUGAGAACAUCGCGUCCAACGAGCUCGCGCCCACCCACCCCAUCCGCCUCGGCCUCGCGCUCAACUUUUCCGUGUUUUACUACGAGAUCCUCAACGCGCCCGAGCGCGCGUGCGACAUGGCCAAGAAGGCUUUCGACGAGGCCAUCGCGGAGCUGGACACCCUCGGCGAGGAGUCCUACAAGGAUUCCACCCUCAUCAUGCAGCUCCUCCGCGAUAACCUCACGCUGUGGACCAGCGACAUGGCGGAUGAACAGCCCGGGGGUGGCAAGGAGGACCCGGAUGCCUAAGCGGCGUCGCGAGGGGAGACGAGGGAACGAAAAUACGGCGCGACAGGUGCGACGCGACCUUUAGACGAUGGUAAAAAAGAGAAGAUUUGUGAAUGAAAGUGCGAGAAGCGCAUUCUCGACAAACCGAGCCUACCGGGCGGUUUCUCGCGUUUGAUCACACGUUUGAAAAAAUGUUAAAAUUCGGCCGCGCCGUCGAUUGACCAACAAUCCUCCCCCUCCCCCCGACACCGGCUCACGACAUCGUCGCCUUGUGCCCGCCGAUGGACGGCCUCUCCUUCCGUUUGGGCGCGUCCUGGUACAGCAGCCCGAACAGGAUGCAAAACACGAGCGCGAGGAUGGACGCCGCCGUGGUGUCGUUGGGCCAGACAAUCACCGUGAACGCGAUGGUCGCCAUCUUGUUCAGCACGCCCACGAGCGUGAACGUGGUGGCCGUGAUGACGCUUCGGGUCCUCCAUCCGCUGUACGAGAUUCCGACGCCCAUGACGCACGACGCGAUGAGCCAGAACCACGCGCCGUCGCCCAUCUCCACGUCGCUCACGUUGCUGAACUCGCCCGUGAAGAAGAAGAGAAGGAUCGUCGGCGGGAUGGCGAAGGCGUUGGUGUAGAACACGCGCUCCCACUGCGUCAUCUCGAUCUUCUCCGUCAUCCACUUCCCGUACGUCAUCUGCAGCGCCAGGAGCAUCCACCAGAUGAAGAGCCAGACGUACCCGCUCGUACCGUUGACGUCGACGCCAGAGUCGAAACGGAUGUAGAGUCCCGCAAAGCCGACGACGCCCGCGAGGGAGAGCGUGGAUCGCGCGGACGGCAACGAUCUGCCCAUGAACGCCCAUUCGAUGAUGCACACGAUGACGGGGAGGCACGACCUCGCGGCGAUCACCGCGCCGACGUUGGUCAGCAGGAGGGCCUUCAUGUUCGCGAAGAGGCCGCCCGCGAACAUGGCGGUGUAUAGGACGAACGGCACCACCCGCGUUCGGUCCAUCGGGCCCAUGACCUUGGCGCCGAACAUUUGCAUGACGACGACGACCGCGGCGCUCACGGCCAGCUGCGCGCCGGACACCACGGUGGGCAACGGGAGCGCGCCCACGGCGAGCUUGUUGAUGACCAGCAUCGUGGAGCUGCAGCCGCUGUAUGCGAGGAUCCAGAAGAGCUUCUCCGCGAGGCCCACGGUGGGCGGCGCCAUCGUUCGUCUGCGGCCGAUGUCCUUUUUCCCUCCAAUAGU